CGGAAGCAGUUCUAAUUACGAGUCUGACAACGAAGAACAAAAUAUUCCACCGCAGACACUGAGUUUACGAAUGAGAACUAAUGAUACAACUCAGGCAAUCGGCACUGCGCCGGCAAGGAAGCCGAAACGAAGGUUUGCGCGGUCCGCUAGUGAAGCAUGGGCUGAGCAAUACAUUGUGACGUGGGCUUGUCCACCUCUUGAGCCAAUAAUUCAACCAUUCCAGAUCAAGCAAUUCCAGGAAAGGAAUGAGCGUGAAGAGCGUGUGACUCCCUGUAGGGACAGCAGAGAAUCAACUGCUGCUGAGGACUUAGAAUUCUCAAAGAUGAGAGAAAGGAACGAUAAAGUUGAGUUCUGGCUCAGGAGAUACUGCAUUUAAAGAAGAAAUUAUAAGAAAAUCUUUUUAAAUUAAUUGAUAUAGCGAAACGUUACUAAUGGUUAUCUUGACGGAGAUGAUUUCUGUUUCCAACAACCCGGAAUUUUGUAAACUUACGGCGUACUUUUCUUUUAUUGAAUAAUUAAUUAAUGUAGCUUACGUGCAUGUCAUCAUUUCGCUCAUAACAAGAUGCCUUAAGCGGAAAGAUAAGCUUUUUAAUACAAAGUACCAAGAAAAGUAUUCGGCUAAUUUCAGCUGCGCUUUAGAUUAGUGGAACAAGGAGGUAAUUAAUUUAAAAUCCAAAUUAAAGAUAAG